AUGUCUUCGUCACCGCUACACAGGCCUCUCGGGGCUUCGUCACCACUCCUUGAAGGAGGCCGGCGGCGUUCCCAGUUCACGUAUCGCCAAUUCUCACAGCUUGCUUCGUCCAACACGUCGAACCCGCUGCGCGUCAUUGCCCACAUUGACCUCGACGCCUUUUAUGCGCAGUGCGAGGCGGUUAGACUUGGUAUUUCUGAGGACAAACCGUUAGCUGUUCAACAAUGGCAAGGUCUUAUCGCAGUCAACUAUCCUGCACGCGAAUUUGGCAUUGGACGCCAUUGCAAUGUCGAAGAAGCCAAAAAGUUGUGCCCUGAACUUAUCGCCCAGCACGUAGCUACGUGGAGAGAAGGCGACGACAAGUGGGCAUAUCGUGAGGAUGCCGCCGCUCACAUAGCAACAGAUAAGGUUUCACUCGAUCACUAUCGUCUUCAGUCUCGGAAGAUCUUAGCAUGUAUCAAAGAGGCUCUGCCGCUUGAUCUCCAGAAGGUGGAAAAAGCGAGUAUUGAUGAGGUCUUCCUCGAUCUUUCGAGCCAAAUCCACCAGAUCCUUCUACACCGCUUUCCAGAAUUAUCAAACCCGCCCCCCUAUGACGACCCUACUGAGAACCUACCCUUGCCAUCCAUUACCGCGCUCGACUGGCAGACCGAUGCUUUGAUUGACCUGGAUGAGGAGCAGGAAACAAUAGAUCCGGAUUGGGAUGAUGUAGCGAUCCUCGUCGGAUCUGAGAUCGUUCGCAAAGUCAGGGCCGAAGUUCGGCAGAAGUUGGGAUACACAUGCUCGGCUGGCGUAGCAAGCAACAAGCUUCUCAGUAAGUUGGGCUCGGCAUACAAGAAACCAAACAAACAGACUGUUGUACGCAACAGAGCUGUGUCUGCUUUCAUGGCUGGCUUCAACAUCACAAAACUCCGAAACUUGGGCGGCAAACUCGGAGAGCAGAUCGUAUCAACAUUCAACACAGAGAGCGUCACUGAAUUGUUGGAUGUUCCUUUGGCAACUAUGAAAGCAAAACUUGGCCAUGAUACGGGUCUUUGGAUAUAUAACACCAUCCGAGGUAUUGACACAAGCGAGGUCAAUUCAAGAACGCAGAUCAAGUCGAUGCUGUCGGCUAAAUCUUUUCGUCCAACUAUCAACUCUUUAGAACAAGCAAUGCGAUGGCUGAGAAUCUUCGCAGCUGACAUAUUCGCUCGCCUCGUUGAGGAGGGAGUUCUGGAAAACAAGAGAAGACCGAAGACGAUGAACUUACAUCAUCGCCAUGAGGGACAAGUGAGAUCUCGGUCGGGAUCAAUUCCUCAGGGCAGAGCUAUAGACGAAGGCAGUCUUUUCGAGCUGGCCAAAGACCUCCUUUCGCAGAUAAUCGCAGAAGGAAGAGGAGUCUGGCCUUGUGCAAACUUGAGUCUCAGUGUAGCAGGCUUUGAAGACGGUGUCAAAGGCAACAUGGGCAUUGGCGCAUUUCUGGUCAAGGGGGAAGAGGCAGACGCUCUUCGAUCGUCGAUUCCCGAUAACCGUCAACAUUCUACUGGACCGGAACCCUCCGCGAAGAAACGCCGCGUCGAGGAUGGUGGCAUUCAGCGGUUCUUCUCCAAGCGAACCUCCGCUGAUCACGAAAGAACCUCCCUAACCGACUCACAUACCCCCGGGGAAGACCCUAAAGAUAGCUCUUUGCCAUCAGACCCCACCCAAAAGACCCUCAGUUUCGCUACUAAGUAUGAUUAUGAGGCCCGCCAUGAAUCCGACCUUACCAUGCAUGCGUCUUACGCAUCACUGUGGCAUGAAAGCACCUUCGAUGUGCAAGUGGAUCAACAGCAGCCUUCAUUGACCGAUGUUGUAUGUUCUCGCUGCAAGGCCAGCUUCGCGGACCCGGAAGCGUUGCAAAGCCAUAGAGAUUGGCAUAUGGCCAAAGAUCUACAAGACGCAGAACGUGUCAAGCCCACAUUCGCUGAACGACAACCUGCUGCACGUAACUCUGCGCAAAAGACGCAAGGAACCGCUUCAAGAAGGAGCCGGGGAGGCAAACUUGAGCAAGGUCAAAGUCGGCUCAAAUUUGGUUGA